AUGGCAUCGAGACGGAGAGCGACCGAGUCUUGGUAUUCUCACCCAGUAUAUGCGCAGUACUGGCGACAUUAUUUUCAUGCGAUGGCUUGGAUGCACAGCCACCAGAGUGCCUACAGAAAGUCGAGGACCUCCCGGUUCAUUUUCCCAUGGUUCCCCGCACAUGCCGUUCUGCCCUGGAGCGCUCCUGCUUAUGAAGUCAGGUGGCCGUCAGCCUUCCAAGCCCAGCACACGGCCUGGCAGGAGUCGCCCAACAUGUCUUCCCACUUUGAAAGCUCUGGGCAGCCCCUGGAUGACUACAGUAGGACCCCGGCAUCCACAGGGGAGGAUGAAGCACUGUGUGGAGAGGAAGGGCAGCAGGGAUCAGAGUCAGAUGGCGGAGUGGAGUGCGACCUGAGCAACAUGGAAAUCACCGAGGAGCUGCGCCAGUACUUUGCGGAGACUGAGAGGCACCGGGAAGAGCGAAAGCGACAGCGGCAGCUGGACGAGGAGCGCCUGGGUGGCUAUGUGAAUGCCGACCAUGGCCUGUACUACAACCACCGCCAGUCAGUAGAGCCCCCGGCAGAGAGGCCCGGUGCACAGCGCCAGGCUGAGAUGAAGUGCUUGUAUGGAGACAGUGCUGCCAAGAUCCUGGCCAUGGAGGCCGCCAUACAGCUGAGUUUUGACAAGAAAUAUGACAGAAAGCAGCCCAAGUACUGGCCUGUCAUCCCCCUGAAGUUCUGA